AUGAUCAAUUUUGUUCCGAUUGUACUUUGUAGGCUUUUCAAUGACAUCGGUGCUGAGCAAGGAAAGGCAAUGGAGUUUUAUUACAUCAAUCCGGAAACCAAAACCCUAUCUGGUUUACCCGUAUCUCCAGCAUUUACAAGCUUUUUCAUGAGCGAAUAUUUCAAAAACCGUCCAUCAAAAUGUAAGUCUGAGUGCACAAGCCCCGAUAGUGUCACAUUGUGUCCAGACAACAAGCAAAGCUUGUAUUGUCAUCUUUUAUGCGGGCUUUGUCAGAGAGACGAGGUUGUAAGAGUUGGUGCUACUUUUGCUUUUAGCUUGGUCCAAGCAAUUGAUUUUCUUGGAAAUUACUGGAAGGAGUUGUGUAGUAACAUCCGAUCAGGUCAUGUUAGCGAGUGGAUCACCGACCUUAACUGCAGAAGAUCUGUUUCGAUCAUCCUCGGAGGACCUAAUCCUGAGUUGGCGUAUUUGAUUGAACAAGAAUGCAGCCACGAGUCAUGGGAAGGUAUCAUCACACGGCUUUGGCCCAAAGCCAGGUUUCUUGAAGCCAUUUUUACAGGACAAAUGGCUCAGUACAUUCCAAUAUUGGAGUUUUAUUCCAACAAACUUCCCCAAAUUUCCACAAUAUAUGGGUCUUCUGAAAGUUUGUUUGGGGUGAACAUGGAUCCUCUAAGCAAUCCACAAGAUGUUUCUUACACAUUUCUGCCCAACCUCUCCUACUUCGAGUUUCUACCUGUUGACCAUGAAGGUGACACAGGCAGCAUUGUUGAUCUUGUGGACGUAAAGUUAGGCUGUUAUUAUGAACCUCUGGUCACUAACUCUUUUGGAUUAAACAGAUAUCGAAUUGGAGAUAUCCUACAAGUUACUGGGUUUUACAAUAGUACACCUCAAUUUAGAUUCGUGCGCAGAAAGAAUAUUGUUUUAAGUGUCGACAUAGAGACAACAACAGAAGAGGAUCUUUUGAAGGCGUUGACUCGUGCAACCCUUGUUCUUGAUAAGUAUUCAGACUUUAUGUUGAUGGGAUUCACAUGCUAUGCAGAUAUCUCAACUUUUCCAGGUCACUACGUUUUCUUUUGGGAAAUCAAAUCUAGAGGUGGUAAAGAUGUUGGAGAACUUGAUGAAAAGGUAUUGGUGAAAUGUUGCACUGUGUUGGAGGAAUCAUUUGAUGUGCUGUAUAGAAGAUUUAGGAGUAGAGAUGGAAUAAUUGGAGCUCUAGAGAUAAGAGUGGUGCAACAAGGAACAUUUGAUUCUCUCAUGGAAUAUUUCAUCUCUCAAGGUGGCUCGACAGUUCAAUACAAGACACCCAUAUGUAUCAACUCUCCCGAAGCCUUAGCGGUUCUUGAGAAUAAGGUUGUUGCUCGAUUCUACAGCGACAAAUCUCCUCCUCUUGACACUUAG